AUGACUAAGGAGGCUGACCAGGCUAGCGCGGGAGGCAGAAGUGAGCGCAAGCGGAAGAGGGGGCAGGGCAAGGCGGACAAGGAGAAUUCAACCGGGAACAAGGGUAUAACAGAGGUGGUCAUGGCGACUGAUAUGCGACGUACCGUCGCCGCCGCCGUCGCCGCGAAAGCGGAGGAGGUGGUGGUGGUCAGAAAAGCCACCACCGCCGCCGCUGUCGUCGUCUCUGCGGAGGAGUGCGCCAUAGUCCAGGCCACCGCCUCGGCGAAGGAGUUCGCCACCGCCGCGACCAUCGCCACCCAUGUCACCACCGCCGCCAGGGAACCUCCAUUGAAGUGCUCGGUUAUCGUGAGGGCAGCCGCCAACGCCGUCGGGUUUGCGGAGGAGUUUGCUAUCGCUGCGAAAUCGUCUGCGAAAGUCGCCGUGAAAGCGGCCGCCUCUGUGGAGAGGGUCGCGGUCGCAGCAAAGUCGCCGCCUCCACCUGCUCCUCCGCAGCCGCCACUUCCGCCUCUGCCGCCGCCGAAGCCGCCACCAGCGCGUCUAAGGAGGAAUAGGCCGUCACCACGAAAGACCCCGUCGCUGUCGCCGCCAUUGCCCCUCCGGAGGACUGCGCGGCCGCCACCAAACCCGCUCUCGGCUCCGUCGCAUCCACCCUCCUUGGAUCUGAGGCGACUUUGGUUGUCGCUACGAAAGCAGCCACCGUGGCUGCCACCGCCUUCUCUACGCGAGACUUCGCUGCGGCGCCAAACCCACCUCGUCGUUCGCCUUAGCCGCCGCCAGUGGAUCUAUGGUGACUUUGGCGGUCGCUACGAAAGCGGCCACCGCCUCCGUCGCCGCCUUCUCUGCGGGGGACUUCGCGUCAAACCCACUUCCGCCUUCGCCUCAGCCGCCGCCAGUGAAUUUAAGGUGACCUCGGCCGUCGCUACGAAAGCGACCACCGCCUCCGCCGCCGCCUCCUCUGCGGCCGAAUUCGCUGCUGGCAAGAAACCCACCUCCGACUUCGCCUUAGCCGCCGCGAGUGGAUCUCAGGAGGAGUUUCCCGUGGUUACGAAAGCCCCCGUCGCUGUCGCCGCCGUAGCCUCUGCGGAGGACUUUGCGGCCGCCGUCAAACCCACUCUCGCCGUCGGAGCCGCCGCCGGGGCAUCUGAGGAGGAAUCAGCCGUCACUACAAAAGCCCCCGUCGCUGCCGCAGUCGUUGCCUCUGCGGAGGACUUUACCGCUACCACCAAACCCACCCUCGCCUCCGUCGGAGCCGCCGCCCGGGCAGCUGAGGAGAUUUUGGCCAUCCCUACGGAAGCCACCAUCGCCGCCGGCGCCACGUUCCCUCCGAAAGAGUUCGCACCAGCCGCUUGCGCCGCCGCCGCCGCUGUAGACGCCAUCUGGGCCUCUCUUGCGGCUGAAGCAGCCGCCGCAGCGAACGCUGCCGAUGGUCACAGGACAUGA